AUGUGGGACUCCGACUCCGGCAAACAAGCUUUGUUCUACAUUCGCAUCGCGCAAAUCCUCUUCAGCCUCACCACCACGGUCCUCGGCGGCUACAUCGCCUCCCUCAACCAAGAAUCCGCGCUCCUCGUCUCCAUCGGCGCAGGCUGCACCGGCCUCGUCGUGCUGAUAGCCUACAUAGGCCUCUUCGCCGCCCGCCGGCCGGCAGACGUACAUUGGCACCUAACCCUGUCGCUGGACUGGUUUGCUCUCCUACUAGUGCUGUACGCCGCGGUCAUCUUCACCCUCACCGCCGGGUUUACGUUCUACACCAGCAGCGUGUCGGUGGCGCGGGCCGAUGUCGCGCUGCUGUGGCUUUUGUUGCUCGUUGGCAUUUUCCCCAUUGUGCGCACGCAUCGGCUGAAGAAGGCGGGCAGGCUGCCGCUUCCGGGGCACUUUCAUCGCGAAUUCAUUCCCAUGGAUGCAGGGGUCGAGGCGGGGAAGCCGUAG